CUUUGCAAUAUCUACAAAUCAAUGGCCACAAAGAAUUGGGAAAUUUGUUUGCACAGCUCCAAGGGUUCACAAAUUUGAAAGAAUUACGCUUGCACCAUCUGCCUGACACGAGGUGUGUAUGGAAGGGUCUGAGCAAAUUGACUACUUUGAAGAUGGCCGCCCAUGGACAGCAAAAUGGCUUCGUACAAAGAUUAGAACUUGUACAAGUGGACGAUUGUGGGGAUGUUCUCACUCCGUUUCCAGCAAAAUUGCUACGAGCUUUGAAAAAUCUAAGGAGGGUGAACAUUUCCAACUGCAAAUCAUUGGAAGAGGUAUUUGAAUUAGGCGAGGCUGAUGAAGGAAGCAGUGAGGAGAAGGAGCUACCGCUUCUGUCAUCUUUAACAGAGUUACGGCUGUCAUGUUUACCUGAGCUCAAAUGUAUAUGGAAGGGGCCAUCUAGACAUGUCAGCCUCCAAAGUCUUAAUCGUCUGAAUUUGGAGUCUCUCAACAAUCUGACAUUUAUCUUCACACCGUCCCUCGCUCGAAGUCUGUCAAAGCUAGAAGUUCUUUUCAUAAAUAACUGCGGUGAAUUGAAGCAUAUUAUCAGAGAAGAGGAUGGCGAAAGGGAAAUAAUUCCAGAGUCUCCUGGGCAGGAUGGUCAAGCUUCACCUAUCAACGUUGAGAAGGAGAUAGUGCUUCCUAAUCUAAAGGAGUUGUCGCUAAAACAAUUAUCAAGUAUUGUCCGUUUUAGUUUCGGAUGGUGUGAUUAUUUCUUAUUCCCUCGUUUGGAGAAGUUGAAGGUCCAUCAAUGUCCAAAGCUGACCACAAAAUUUGCUACUACACCAGAUGGUUCAAUGAGUGCUCAAUCAGAGGUAUCUGAAGUAGAUGAAGAUUCAAGUAUUAAUAGAGAGUGGAACAGAUAUAACGGGUGGAAAGAAGAUGGAGACUCAUGUCUUUGAGCUGUGAAUAUAUUUGGACUUGAUGCUGUACUAUUUGUUCAAAAGUUUGAUAUCAUGUUUUCCUAGCAGAACAAUCUCAUGUUGAAUGGUGGUUAACUGUUACAUGAUUUCAAGGUUGGUGCUGCGAAUAUGUUUUAGAUUGGUGGGAAAUAAUUCCAACUGUUCCAUUGGCAAUGGGAUAUAAAUUGGCUUCACAUUGCUGAAGAAGUUAGAAGAAUUGUUGACAGCACAGGAGUAAUGUCAUGUUGUGUAUUUAGUCAUUACUGUGUGAACCUCAAAAAAGCAUGUUUGCUUGCCCAUUUGUGUUUCUUUUGGUUUAAUGUGUGGACUUUCAUGCGUUCUCCUUGAUGCUGAACUCUUCGUUUGAUGUUCUGUUUCUAAUGCAUAAUGCAUUAUUAAAAAUGUUAUUGUAUGAGCAUGUGAAUAUAUUUGGGCAUUCAAAUCUCAA